GCCGCGUAGACAGGAGUGUGUAGCUAACUUCAGUUCAUAUUGUCAAUUGUUUAAAAGACAACACGUCCUUUUUGUUAUCAGUUGGCAAAUAGCAAGUGUAGGUGUAGGUGUUAUAUAUAUUAUAAGUAAAGCUUGAAAAUGGUGUAUCUAAAUCAAGAAGACUUCGGUACAUUUAAAAAUGAAACAGUAAAGAAGUUUACUUGGCGGACAGAUCAAGGGUUCUCAGUAUCAGUGAUUUCCUAUGGAGCCAUCAUACAAUCUAUUCUGGUGCCCGACAAAUAUGGACUCAGCAGAGACGUGGUCCUAGGUUUUGAUGAUCUAGAUGGCUAUGUGAAUAGAAAUAGCCCCUACCUGGGUGCAACAGUUGGUCGGUGUGCCAACAGAAUUGGUGGUGCUGAGUUCCAAAUAGAUGGCAAGACAUAUGUGGUCGUUAAGAAUAUUGGCAAUGAUCACUUGCAUGGCGGAAUCGUGGGUUUUGAUAAGGUCAACUGGAAUUCAUCAGUAGACGGUACCAAAGUAACAUUCAGUUAUUUAUCAAAAGACGGUGAAGAGGGCUACCCUGGGAAUCUAAUCACCAACGUCAUCUAUGAGGUGACGGGUGACGAUUCGCUGCAUGUUACCUUUAAGUCGAUAACUGAUAAGAAGACUUUAUUGAACCUCACAAAUCAUUCGUAUUUCAACUUGGCCGGCCAUAACGCUGGAUCAGACGGUUUAUUUGAUCAUGUCAUCAAUAUAAAUGCUGAUAAGAUAACGGAAACGAAUUCAGGGUCUAUCCCCACCGGCCGGCUGAUCAAAGUGGGUGGGACUCCGUUUGACUUGCGUGUUCCCAUUCGUCUUGGAGACGCUAUGAGCAAAGCAGAGAAUUUGUUUGACGAUAACUUCUGUGUUACUACAUUUGGGCGAAAGGAUUUGAACUUUGUAUCACGCGUGUACCACCCAGAUACGGGGAGAUAUCUAGAAGUAUACAGCAAUCAGGCAGGAGUCCAGCUAUAUACUGGCAACUCUCUCCCGGAUCCCUCAGAUUCUGCUCUCAUCGGAAAAGAUGGUGCCGGUUACAGACGUCACGGGGCGUUUUGCUUGGAAACUCAAAAUUAUCCGGAUGCCAUCCACCAUACUAACUUCCCGGAUGGUGUGUUGAAGCCGGGCGAUUUGUAUGACCAUAAAGUGAUAUACCGUUUUGGCGUCGAAAAGGCAAAUGGACCACGUGUGGUCAACGUUUGAUGAAUAGAUUUUCCCUUAUUAUAGGUUUAUUUUGUUUUCAUUGUGGGAAAACAGGACAAUUUUUUUUAUUUAUAAAGGAUAUUUGAUAAUUAUGUAUCUAAUAAAUAAUAUUUUUAAACAUAAAAAAACGAGAUUAUAGACGGUCUUAAAUACUUCCUUGGCAUUUUACAUUUUAGCUCUUACAUAAUAAUGUUUUAUAUGAACAAAGAUUAAAU